AUCGCUUUGCUGGCGCUUUCGCCACUUGCUGCUUUUCCACCACCUCGCCAACUUGAAGUAGCACUUUCUCCUCUUUGUUAUCCUCUUUCAUUGUUUACAUUCUGCUAUGUGCAAGCAUAUUCUCAACGCUCAAGUAGCCAUCCGCGCACCAUGCUGCAAGCAAUGGUUUGACUGCUCAGAGUGCCACGCGGAAACGCAGGACCAUCGUCUAGGAAAGACAAAUGAAAUGGCAUUCUUGUGCAAGAAAUGCAAGAAGGCGUUCCGGAAGGACAUGACCACUUUCGAGGAGAGUGACGAGUACUGUCCACAUUGCGAUAACCAUUUUGUUCUUGAAGCAAAGACACCACAGGCAGUCCUUGGAGUGGAAGGAGAUGAUCCACGGAUAAACUCAAGGCUUCUCAAAGAUGAACGUGCCAAGCAAGACCCUUCACGUUCCAUCUUUGCUCAGGAUACCACUGAUCGACUGGGAUAGAAAUCUUGGUCUAGGGUCUUGUACUGUUCUUUGCUUUCGUCUUGUCCAUACUGCUAUACCCAUCAAUUGCAUUGCCGUGAGUCUAGAUUAUAUCGCAGGCUCUCCUAAGGUCCAUUCAAGCCACCGAAUAAUUGACAAGCUGCACUAGACCAAGGAGUUCAGCCGUAUCAGCCAUUGGAUCUUUGGUGCCGCCAUGAUCAUCUUCCAAACCCUGUCGCUUCCCAUCUGACUAUGAUCGAGACUGAUACGAAAAUAUAUUACAGCACUACUUCUUAUAGCGUCAUUUAAUCGAGUCGGCUUUCACAUGCUUUCCAAGGAUCCCGCCAGCUCUCUAUAUGCAUGUUGCCAGGAAUCCAAGGUUUGCUUCGCGCGUAGAGGAAUGUCGGACAUCAGAAUGUGGAAUAGUCUAGUGAAGGGUCGAGAUGGAUGUUUCAAAGAAGACAUUCGUCUGUCCUUUCGAUCAUCAUUCAGCCAUAGGCCGGAAGACGUCCAGAAAUCGUGGUUUCUGCGUUGAGUCCCUGAGCUUCAUAGUCCAGCCAGUCAACAAACGCGUAUUCCUGCCCAUUCGGUGGUCCACUGAACGAUAAUGUGGACCGUUUCAGCGCCUUCAGCCGCAUUCCCAACGAUCCCAUUCUGAAGCCACCCAUGCACAAAACACGACAGGAUGGCCGCCAUAGGGAGCUACUUCUACCAGGGUCCUGCCUUGGUUCUGCCUUCUAAGCGUAUCAGGUUUCACCUCAAGCAUCUCAAA